AUAAUUGUGUUACUCAAUAAUUUGCAUCCCUCGCGGACCUGAGCGGCUUGUGCUGAAAUCUUCCUGUUCGCGUGAGGGCGCUGUCCGAUCAAGUCUCGCGCUCCAACAUCCUGUCCGGUGCUCCGCUGCUACGUCACCACAUUUCACGAUUGAUGGCAGAGCAUGGGGGACCGUGAAGCACCGAGAAACGCCGCCGGUACCAGACGCAUAAUGAGGAAAGCUGCUCUCCUGCUCGUUUCGUGGGUGUUCGCUUGUCUCCUGCUGAGCUGCUGUCAGGCGGCCAGGCAGGGUCAGGACGUCCGGUGUGGAGGUAAACGGGCUGCAUGUUCCUCUGUGGCUGCAGUGUUCGUCCAGAGCUCAGUGCUAACGUGUCUCCUGCUGCUGUCAGCCUGCAGGGCUCUGGUGGAUGAGAUGGAGUGGGCCAUCUCCCAGGUGGACCCCAAGAAGAUGAUCCAGACCGGGUCCUUCAGGAUCAACCCGGACGGCAGCCAGUCCAUCAGGGAGGUUCCUCUGGCUCGCUCUGAGGGAAACCUGCUGGACCUGAUGGAGAGCGUUUGUGAGAGGAUGGAGGACUACGGUGAGCAAAUAGAUUCUUCCACCAGCAGGAAGUCUUACAUCAGGAUCAAGUCUCGGAGCGGCGAGGCCAUGGACCUGUCAGAGGCCUCACUGGAUUCAAGAGUCACAAGCAGUUUAAAGUUUGCAUGUGAAACAAUCGUUGAACAGCAUGAGGAUGAAAUCAUUGAAUUCUUCGCUCAUGAAACGGAUAAUGUUAAAGACAAGCUCUGCAGUAAGAGGACAGACCUCUGUGAUCACGCUCUGAAAAUGCCCCAUGAUGAACUUUGAUAUCGUUUCUCCAGAGCCGCCGUCUCUGCUGAGAAAGUUUGUGCUGUACUGUUUUCAUUUGUCACUUGUUUAUACCAGGACCGUGCUACAAGAUGUAUACAAAUCUUUAUGUAAAAAAAGAAUAGAAACUCUACCUGAAAAUGAUCUUGGAGAACAUAUGGACCACUUUGCCAUUUUUCUGUUUGUUUCUAGUUGUAAUGUUUGGUCACUUGUUCAUGUACUGUAAGUUAUUACACUCAUUCACACUCUGUCUUUCUUAUCAAGGUGCUUGUCUUCCCUUCAGAUGCUCUUCAGACUGAAACUGUGAAACUGAAAAUUGAAGUUAGAAUCCCCAGUAUUUCUUAUAGAAUUCUUUAAGACCAGAAUUGAAUUUGGUCAAGUUGUCCCGCAGCUCAUAUUCCUGCACAAUUCAAAACUCUGUCCUACAGCGAAGUGCUAAGAGCAAAAAGUCUUCUUUUAUUCACAAUGAAUUGACACUCAUACUGCCUGCUCACUGAUAAAAGUGACAUCUGAAGCCAAAUGACGCUUUCAGCUCUGGCUCUAGAAGAGAGUUUUUAAUGCUCACCAAUAUUGUGAGAUCACAGCAUUAACUGAUGCCAGUUCUGAGGAUAUUCUUCAAAGUAAAACAGGAAAUCCUUAAACGUGCAUUGUGUAAAACCAUAAAUAAAUAACACUCAAGGUUUGCCUGUCGUACAGAUGAGAACAUGUGCCUUCAUCACUUAAUGUUUACCAGGUAGUUUCACACUCUUCAAACGCUGAUCCUCCUCCACAGUUUCCUCAUCUGUUUUAGAACUUCACACACUUUUUCUACCACAGAAGUUGUUAAAAGAUUAGCAGCCAAGUCAAAAAAAAGUCUGCUUCUGAAGGUUUUUAUUUUUCAUUAAAUCUUUAAAAAUUCUAAAAGUAAUUUACUUCUUCGUGAAGAAUUUUGAAUUCAAACUUUUUAGCUUCCAGUAGCCCACAGUGACUUUAAAACACAUCACUGAUAAUGACACAUAAACUGCCUGAAUCUGCUCUUAUUUUGAAAUAAAUUGCAAUUUGGUUCACAAAAGUUUGAACUAGAAGGACGUUGAAAUGUGGCAAACAGUAAGGAUUCAUGGGGACUGUAGUCAUGUCUGGAAAAAUAUCCUCCUUUCCUCAUGCUGCUUUACUAAUGUAGAGCAGAAAAAGCAUCCCUGUAUGUUAAAUAAUUUGGUCAGUUGUAAAUUAAUGAGCAGUAGAACACAGAAGUACACUUGAGCCAAAAUUACAUACAGUUUCACCCAGAUAAGAUGUUUUAUUACCUUUUGAGGAAACUGCCAAAACCAGCUGCAGUGACCUCACAUUAUAAGUUGAUUUGAAUAUGAGCAUCAAGAUUAUUGUGAAGUUUAGUUUUCCCAGUAGUGCAAUACAGCUGAACUCUGUUGUAACUCCACUAGAGUGUGCCAUAGUCACCGGCAUGUAAUGCACCUGGUUGGUCCUAAUGCUGUACUGUCCAUGUAGAAGGGUCAGGAGGUAUUUUUGGUGUCAUUUAUGUGAAAAAAAAACCCAACAGAAUUGACUGUCAUGUGAGCAUUGUCCUGAAAUGUCUUUUUUAUAAAAAAAAAUAUUUUGUAUGUUUUCUGAAUCUGCUUUGUCUUCUAUCAAUGGAAAUAUAUUUGUACAACAUCAA